UUUUUCUCUGUUUGUGUGUGAAAUACAAAUAAUAAAAUAAAAUAAAAAAUUAAAAAAAAAAUGAAAGAAAUUGAGAGUGGAGGAGGGAAAGGAAGGGACGAAGAGCAAGACGGAAUGUCCGUACACUCUCCUUGCAAAGCUCCUCCUUCCUCUGCUUCUUCUCUCCCCAAGGAGCAAUCGCAGGUGGAAUUGGAGCUUAGGCUGUUGGAAGCUCUCGAAAUUUACCCACCUUUUAAAUUACAAGGGAUACAUCGUCACUUUGUCCUCUUUGGUUUGAUGGAAUUUCUUCGGAAAAGCUUUGAUCGACCGUUUUCUUCGGAUGAGGUCCUGCAGUUACUGGAUCGUUUCUACAACUUAGAAUUGCUGAAACCAGAUGAUGAAGAUGUGGAACUCCUGAAUCAUGAGGAAGAUUUUUGCUUGCCUCAAAGUUAUUUCAUCAAGGAAGAGUCGUAACUCACAAUUUUGGUAUAUAUACAUGUUUUGUUUAAACUUGUUUGUUCAGCCUCUGAUGUAUGAUGGCUGUAUCCGUUGCACCUAUUUCCUUUUUUUUCUUUUUUUUCUUUUUUGUGGUAGAUUGUACAGUGGCAGUUUUGUCUGUCUUUUAUCUUAAUCUAACUCAUAAUGGUUAGGUGCAAACUUGAUGAGCAAUCGAUGUUGCUUUAAAAUCUUCAAUAGGGUUAGCGUGUUGAUAUAGUUCUUGUAGUUGUCUCUUAUAUGGGUUUCCUCUCUGUCGAGUUGAAACUAUGAUUGAUGCAGAGCCAUGGCGAGUAGCCAAACUUUUGCAA